ACAACAGAAAUUGCUGAAGACUUUUUCAAAAGGAAAGCUAGCCCUUGUGAUGACUGAGGUCAUCCAUAUUUUGCCCAAGAGAAAGAUGAAGGCUUGUGGGGCAUGUCUCCGAGUUCACUCCAAGGAAAGAUUGAAGAAGGAAGUAAAGCUGCAGCUGUGGACAAGUUGCUGGCUGGAGAUGAGAUCGUGGGCAUCAAUGACAUUGGUCUCUCAGGGUUUAGACAGGAAGCCAUUUGUCUGGUGAAAGGAUCCCAUAAGACCCUGAAGUUAGUGGUCAAAAGGAGGAGUGAGCUGAGUUGGAGGCCUCACUCCUGGCAUGCCACCAAGUUCUCUGAUGGCCACCCUGAGCCUGUCUCCUCUCAGUUUGCUGCUGCCAGUGGCUGCCCUUCCUGGCACAGCCGACACCAUGCAAGUUCUUCCCAUGACCUAUCUGGCUCCUGGGAACAGACGAACCUGCAGCGCACUUCUGACCACUUCAGCUCCCUGGGGAGCAUGGACAGCCUGGACCACCCCUCCCAGCCCUCUGGACGCCUCUCAGCUGCCAAGUCCAACAGCAGCAUUGACCACCUGGGGGGCCACAGCAAGCGGGACUCAGCUUAUGGCUCAUUUUCCACCAACUCUAGUACCCCUGACCAUACCUUGCCCAAGGCCAAUGCCUCCUCUGCAGAAAACAUCCUGUACAAAGUCGGCCUCUGGGAGGCCUCCAGGCACAGCAGCCGGCAGGGCCAGGCCAUGAGUGACCCUCAGGGCCCAGAGGAGCGGUCCAUGUGUUUCCCACCCAGGGUCCCUAAUGAUAGUUGUAAAAGCCCCCGGCCAGAGGACAAUGCUGAGCCUAAGCUGGCCACUUCUGGGAGAUCCAAUUUUGGGCCAGUCUGGUAUGUUCCUGACAAGAAAAAAAACUCUUCCUCCCCUCCGCCUCCCCCACCUCCUCUGCGCAGUGAUAGCUUUGCUGCCACCAAGAGCCAUGAGAAGGUGCAGGGCCCUCCAUUCUCAGAGGCGGCCACCACGCAGCACUUUACAGCCCUGACUCGGGCUCAACCCCGUAGUGACUGGAGACCAGAGAGGACUGAUCGGCGAAGGCUGGUGUGUCCAAGCAGUGGCAAGGAAGCUGGAGGCCAUGGCUACCCUUUGGAGGGCCACCCGGACUGUGGUUGGCUGUGCUUGGAUGACAGGUCAGGCAGUUCCCCAGGAGCUCCAGACAGGCUGUCCAGCACAGAGAUGCAUUUCCGGCAACCUCACCCUGGGGGUCAGCAUCUGCGCCAAUGCAGUGACGAAAGCCCCAGGACCCCUGUGUCACCAAGGGAACUACAGCGGGUGGCCCUCUCUGGAGGUUGGCAGGAGCCUCCUGCCACACACCACCAGGAUGACAGCUCCUCUCUGGGGAGGCGACCCAGUGCUGCCAACCAGAAGGUGGACAGUGGUGGGCUGAGCCACUAUUACUGCGUGCCUGCCAGGCAGCCCCUGCAGGGAAGCACCCAGGUGACAAAGCUCCUAGGGGAGUAUUGGCAUUCAGAUGCAGCCAUGGGGACCCUGCAGUAUGCUCCCACACACCCGAUGGGCCAGAGCCCGCGAUGCUACCUACCUCAGCAUGAGCAUGCUCUGGAUGCCCAGGAGAGAGAGCAGUGUCCUCCACUGGAUUCAGGGGCCGAAGGCUGCUGCUCAGGAACCCAGGAGGCUCCCAGAGCCAGCCAUGCUGGGAAAGCCAGUCCCCAGAAGACAGCUGAGGGCUUCCAGUGGGCUGAGGGAGAGGGCGGCAGAAUCUCUCGCCAGAGGACACCCAUGCUGCACUCCCUGACCCAAGAGGGGUUGUGCCAGCCCGAGAAUGGCCAGGAUGGUGGCACUGAGAAGCUACCACCAUUCGACGCCCAGGUGGGUAAGCCAACACGGAGAAGCGACCGAUUUGCCACCACUCUGAGGAACGAGAUCCAGAUGCGCAGAGCCAAGCUGCAGAAAAGCAAGAGCACAGUGACGCUGGCUGGAGCCAGUGAGGCCGAGGACAGUGCCGGCAGCUGGGUGGCUGAGGCGGGUGGCACCCUAGAAGGUUCCUUCUCUAGCACCUAUAAAGACCACCUGAAGGAGGCCCAAGCACGGGUCCUGAGGGCCACCUCCUUCAAGCGCCGGGAUUUAGACCCCAACCCAGUGGACCAGUGUCCAGGGUCACUAGAGCACAGGACUGGGGACCAUAGCACCUUAUCCUCAUUCCCUCGGGAGCCAGACUCCGUCCCCCACUUCUGGGAGGCAGGACUGGCCAAGCCACCCUCAUCUGGGGGUGGCAUGCAGCAUGUUCCUCGCAUUGGAGGCCGGAAACGAUUCACGGCUGAGCAGAAACUGAAGUCGUACUCUGAACCAGAGAAAAUGAACGAGGUGGGACUCUCAGAGAACUGCAGUCCUCACCAGCACCCCGGAUCGCCCGAGGAUACUGUGGGCACAUUUGCUGACCGGUGGAAGUUUUUUGAGGAAACAAGCAAGCCCCUCCUCCAGAGACCAGGUCAGAGACAAGCUCUUUACGGAGUCCUGAGGGAGAAAGUGGAGAGGCCGCGGACAGCCGGCCACAGGUAUGAUGGUGCAGACUCUGGGUUCCAGGUGAGGUCUCGUGCCACCUCCUUUGGAGAAAUCCUCAGUGAUCGCAGGGAGGUGGAAAGGUCAGGGAAACUGGACCCACCGCAGAGACUUGGAACCUUUGCAGAGUACCAAGCCUCUUGGAAGGAGCAGAGGAAGCCCUUGGAAGCCAAGAGUGCUGGGCGAUAUCACUCGGCAGAUGACAUUCUCGACGUGGGUUGGGACCAGCACCAGAGGCAACAGUAUGUUCAUGAAAGGUCCCGGUCAUCACCGUCCACAGACCACUACACACAGGAAGCGGCUGUCGAGCCGCGAAGGCAGUCAGAGGAGCCGGGUGGGCACCAAGAAGCACUUUCCUCCACAGUCUGUGCCGAGGAGGGCCAUUCCACUGUAAGGCAAGCAGAUGCCCAGUGUCCGGCAGUCAGCUCAGGAGCACCACAGGAUCCAUCAAAUCAGAACCCACAGACCCCAUCCACAUUGUCUGAAUCAUCCCACACUUCGGAAGCCCCAGAGCUGCCCCUGGAGGGCAGGGGCCGAGCGGGGACUCUACCUCGUGAUUAUCGGUACUCAGAGGAGAACACACAGGCAGACUCAGGACCUCAAACCCAAGGUGCCCCUUCACCCCCACAUGCUCAGGGACAGCAUUUGUGGCCAGUGAGCACAACAGCGCUCCCCAAGAAGCCAGCCCCACAGAGGCCUCCACCGCCCAAGCGAGAGCCCAGGAAGUACAGUGCACCUGCAGACACUCAGCUGGCUGCUCCUGGCAGGCCCUUCCCAACACCGUCUCCUGUGUCCCUAGAGGCGUGUGUGACCCACGAGCCCCUCUCCCACAGCCCCUCUGUGUUCAGCAGUACCCAGCCCCAAGAUACCCCAAAGGCCACCACCCAUGAGUGUGACAGCCAGCAUGUGAAUGAGGACACAUCCUGUCCUAGACCGGAAGCACUGCCAACUUCCAAGUUCCAGCACCUGCAGGCAUCUGCCAUGGAGACCUCUCGCUCCCCCUCACCUCAGUUCGCCCCCCAGAAGCUGACAGACAAACCUCCCCUGCUUAUCCAGGAUGAGAAUCCAACAAGAAUUGAGCGGGUGAUGGACAACAACACCACUGUGAAGAUGGUGCCCAUCAAGAUAGUGCACUCAGAGAGCCAGCCCGAGAAGGAGAGCCGCCAGAGUCUGGCGCGCCCGGCCGAGCUGCCUGUGCUGCCCAGCGGGCUGGAGAGAGAUCAGAUCAAGACCCUGAGCACAUCCGAGCAGUGCUAUUCCCGCUUCUGCGUGUAUACGCGCCAUGGCGCCGAGACCGAGGCCCCUCACAAAACCCAUUCGCUGGAGCCCCAGACCCCCAGCACCCCUGCACCACCUGCAAAAGAUGGCUGUGCCUCCCCUCCUGUGCUCAGCUACAUGAAGACCAAAGAGAAGACUGUUGAAGACCUGAAGUCGGAGGAGCUGGCCAGGGAGAUCGUGGGAAAGGAUAAGUCCCUGGCUGACAUCCUGGAUCCCAGUGUAAAAAUCAAAACCACCAUGGACCUAAUGGAGGGAAUCUUCCCCAAAGAUGAACAUCUCCUGGAAGAAGCGCAGCAGCGGAGGAAGCUGCUCCCCAAGAUCCCUUCUCCUAGAACCACAGAGGAAAAGAAAGAGGAGCCAAGUGUGCCUGCAGCCGUGUCUCUGGCCACCAAUUCCACCUACUACAGCACAUCAGCCCCCAAGGCGGAGCUACUGAUCAAGAUGAAGGACCUGCAGGAACAGCAGGAGCCUGAAGAGUACUCUGGGAGUGACUUAGACCACGACCUGUCAGUGAAGAAGCAGGAACUCAUCGACAGCAUCAGUCGCAAACUGCAAGUGCUCCGGGAAGCCCGGGAGAGCCUGCUGGAGGAUAUCCAGGCCAACAACGCACUUGGGGACGAGGUGGAGGCCAUCGCAAAAGAUGUGUGCAAGCCCAAUGAAUUUGACAAGUUCCGGAUGUUCAUUGGGGACCUGGACAAAGUGGUGAACCUUCUGCUCUCGCUGUCAGGCCGUCUGGCCCGGGUGGAAAAUGCCCUCAAUAAUUUAGACGACAGUCCAUCUCCUGGUGACCGGCAGUCCCUGCUCGAGAAGCAGAGAGUCCUCAUCCAGCAGCAUGAGGAUGCCAAGGAACUCAAAGAGAACCUAGACCGCCGCGAGCGCAUCGUGUUUGACAUCCUGGCUGCCUAUCUCAGUGAGGACAGCCUGGCGGACUAUGCGCACUUCGUCAAGAUGAAGUCGGCCCUCAUCAUCGAGCAGCGGGAACUGGAAGACAAAAUACACCUCGGCGAAGAGCAGCUGAAGUGCCUGUUUGACAGUCUGCAGCCCGAAAGAGGCAAAUAAGAGAGACCUGUCCCCAGCAGAGGGAGGACACAAAACCUUCAAGCUCCAUUCCCAAGGAAGCGAGUGGAAAACCCCAGCCUGUAUUUAUGUUUUGGAGCGACAUUCCUCCAUAUAGCACAGUGGCUAGUAGAAAAGCAAUAAUGUCCUUGUUUGUGUGGGAUGUUUAUUUAAUUUUUUGAUUUUCCUUUGGAAUGCUAAGCAGAGUUUGUAUCAUGCAUGACUCCACGUCACACCGGCCUCUGCUGGCUGGCGAGGCCCAGUGGAGGCUGUGGGCUGGGCCUGCAGUACAUACAAGUGGUCAUUUUCAACAGUGGGGCUGCUGUUCUUCCUGUCCUCAAAUGCCGAACCAGCUCCUCGGAAAGUCACCAAGCAUGUCCUUGAGGUGCUUGAGAGGGGAGACCCUGGCGCACUUCUCUUGUGACCCAUCCGGGCAUGGGCUCUAUGUUUUGUCCUCGCUUAUUCAACUGUGUGACCAUUUGUUAUAUCUGUCAUCUAAUGAUGUUCUCUGACCCAGCAAAACUCAUGAUGAUGAUGAUAAUUUAUUAAUGUGUGGGAAAGGUGAAAGGUUUCCUAAUGGUUAAAAACCAGCUGUGAAAUGAACAACCUACAUGUUGGCUGCAUUCAGCCUAAGAUUAAAAUUACCCCUUAAAGAAAUCACAUGCAUGCUUUAAAACACACCCACACACAGAACAAAUAGCCGUAGUCCUCACUGACAUCAGUGUGAUGUUUUCCAGCCAAGUAAAAUGACCUAAUUAAAAAGUAUGUCCAGUAAUAAUGUUCUUGUUAGUUUCCCCAAACCUAUGGAAUAUUUUUUAAGUGACUUUUCCACCCAGAACAUUAGCUUUGUGUGCAUAUGAUCAUUAAUGAUAAUUGGCGCCUUUUCUCUUUUCCUCUAAGUCUGUUGCCUGAGGGCCGCAUUCCUCGUACUGGAAGACUUCUUUCUCUGGUUUCUCAGAAGUCCUGUGGACUGUCUAACUCCCACACUUGAUCUUUUUCUGCCAGUGUUUAAAGAGUCUGUGCCCUGUGUCUUGGUUGUAAUGGCAGGUUUCUAAAGAGAGUCUUACUCAUUAAAACACUGUCAUGCCUUGAUUGACAAGUCACAGACUAGGAGAAAAUACUUGCCAGCCAUGUCUCUUACAAAGAAUUUGUAUCCAGAAUGUAUAAAGAACUCUCAAAACCCAACGGUGGUGGGGGGGGGGGAGCCCAAUUUAAAAAGUGGGCAAAAGACUUGUGCAGACACUUCACCAAAGAGGAUAUAUGCAUGGCAAAUAAGCACAUUGAAGAGAUGCUCAGUCACCGGUGGCUUGGUUAUUACUUACUUAUUUUAUGUAGUAAUUGUAGGUCUCGUGUGUUUCUUCAGAACAUGUUCAUCGAACUAGAUGCAUGGUUAAUGGUAAGCAAGUCCCUUGGAUGACUUGAUGUUUAGGGAAUAUUAGAGCAUUUGUUUUAUCAAAGGAUCCUUUGAAUCUUAAUUUCCUCUUAAUCCCUUAAAGGAAGUUUCUUGUUUGUGGGGAGAGUUCCUCUGUUGGCAGUGACCACAGCCUUCCCAAAACACUUAUUCGCACAUGUGUGCACGCAUACACACACACACACACGUCUUAAAGAACCCAAAUCCACACUUCCUGAGCCAGCAUUGCUGAGCUGGAUUCCAGAGGUACUGUGUUGAUGCUGUAGUGCAUUCUGCACAGCAGAGUCCAAACUGGCAAGCUUCCAUAGUGCAGGCAAUAAACCUUGCCUUUGUCGCAGCCUACCAAUGCCAAAAAGCUGAAGGCCUCUUCAGAAGUGUUUGUUCCUGUUGAAUUCAACAAUUCUAACUUGAAACAUCCCUGCUCUACCAUUAUUUUGUGGCAUCUUGCUCCUUCCCACCGGGUAGUACCUUGCUGUUGAUGUCGGUCACAGCAGAAAAGCCGAAACUGGCUGUCCGUAGACCUCUCAAGAAACUUCAGAGUGUUGUAUUUUUAAUUUAGACAAAGCUUUUUACCUGUGAUCCUUUCCCCUUACAUACAGUAUUGUGAUCAUUUUAAUGAUACGUGUGUAAAAUGUGAAAAAUCAAAUGUGUGUCUGCACCUAGCCCUUUUGUGUCUUUUUUAGAACUUUCUUCUACAUAGCAAUACAUAGUGCUCUAGUAUCCUUUUAGUAAAGCACACAUAAUCACAACCUUCCCAUCUGUUCCCCUGUUUGCCUCUUAAAUGUCUGGUUAGCGGGGACCCAAAGAUUCCAGUGAGUCGGUGUACAUAUCUCUGUAUAUAAUGAUCUUCUUACAUAUAAAAACAAUCUGGUGCUAAUGAUUGGCCCUGGGCAUUUGUAGAUGGUGGCUGAUCCUCACCCUCUGUCAUAGCACAGAUGUAGAACACUCUGUGUAGCAAGCUUUCUUUUGGUCAGGGGUGUUGUCUGUGGCUUGUAUCUAGCAGUCCACCAUGAGAAAUGUGUGCAGAUUUCAUGCUUGACACUUACCACAUACUAUCAACAGAUCAUCCUGCUUGACUUUAACAAAAUAAAUAAUGUCUCUUCGAGUGACUGGAGCAUGUCUUUGAUUUAUCUAUGUU